GGCCCACGAAACAGCACGCCAAGACGGGGUAACGGACCCCUUACAGAGAUGGGCUACUUCGCCCAAAGAGGAAGAAGACGAAUUUGAACUGUGUAACUACAACCUGGACUCGGCGUGGGGUUUCUAGACGUUCAUAUGCAAGAGUUAUUCAUUGUUUAAAAUGUGGGAGAUGGUGGCGUUACCAAGAGCGAGCUCUCCCUUCCUGUCGUCUAGGACAAGAUGGCAGCAAUGCAGGCGAACUGUGCAUGGUAUGGAUUUAUAAGUCCAUAACAUGUUCAGAGAAGCCCUGGAUUAUACUUAUAUUGACUCUCUGUGAAGGUAUGGCCUCACAAGUCUUGGUCUACCCACCACACAUUUACCAAACCCAGACAAGUGCCUUUAGCAGUUUGAAGAAACUCAAAGUUGAGCCCAGCAGCUGUGUGUACCAUGAGAGGGCACAACCGCAGACUCAUCUGAACAGCAGAACCCUUGGAACUGUGCGGCCGACCAAACAAGCACACUCGUUUGUGAACCGAGACUUGGCAGUGGGCGUGAAAGUGCGCGGAGGACAAGGAGGACACCCGGUGCAGACGGUGGUUGUGGGAGGUGUACAGAGACAACAGACUGGUAAUAGAGGAGGAAGAGGAGGAGGAGGAGGAGGACGACGACGACAAGGCCCAGCUGCGGCCCAGCAGGGGCAGGACACAGGGGUUGUCCACUCGCAAGGCAAGGAGCAGCAGACGGACACAGCAAGUGGGGGCAGCAGUGGAGCACCAGGGGCAGGAGGAGGAGGGGGGGGACGGGGAGAGGGCUGCAGUGGAGGAGGAGAGGAGGAGGGUGACGGAGAAGAGGACCGUGGAGGUUUGUACUCGGCCGACAGCUCUCGGCGAUGUGGACUGAAACGUAAAAGCGAAGAGCUGAAUAACAAAGGGAGCGCCAUGCAGAUUGUGGAGGAGCUGUCAAUGAUGCCCGCCAUGAUGCAAACGACACAUGUAGGGAACGCAACCGUUGGGGCUGGAGGGGGCCCCUCGACACAUGACGGCGGUGCAGCAGGAGGGGAUGGGGACUAUCAGGUUGUGCAGCAUGAAGUCCUGUGUUCCAUGAAGAACACUUACGAAGUGCUGGAUUUCCUGGGCCGUGGCACGUUUGGCCAGGUUGUGAAGUGCUGGAAGAGGGGCACGGGGGAGGUCGUGGCUGUGAAGAUCCUGAAAAACCACCCUUCGUACGCGCGGCAGGGUCAAAUCGAAGUCGGCAUACUCGCUCGCCUGAGCGGGGAGAACGCAGACGAGCACAACCUCGUCCGAGCCUUCGAAUGCUUCCAGCAUCGCAGCCACACCUGCCUGGUGUUUGAGAUGCUCGAGCAGAACCUGUACGAUUUCCUGAAGCAGAAUAAGUUCAGCCCGCUGCCCCUGAAAGUGAUCAGACCUGUGCUACAGCAGGUAGCGACAGCGCUGAAAAAGCUGAAGAGCAUGAGUCUGAUUCAUGCCGACCUCAAGCCGGAGAACAUCAUGCUGGUGGACCCCGUGAGACAACCCUACAGGGUUAAGGUGAUCGACUUCGGCUCAGCCAGCCACGUGUCCAAAGCAGUGUGCUCGACGUACCUCCAGUCUCGGUACUAUAGGGCUCCAGAGAUUAUUUUGGGAUUGCCGUUUUGUGAAGCCAUAGACAUGUGGUCCCUCGGCUGUGUGAUAGCUGAGCUCUUUCUGGGCUGGCCCCUGUACCCGGGGGCCCUGGAGUACGACCAGAUUCGCUACAUUUCUCAGACUCAAGGUUUGCCAGCGGGGCAGUUAUUGAAUUUGGGGACAAAGACCACGCGGUUCUUUUGCAAAGAGUCCGACUCACCGUACGCAGCAUGGAGACUAAAGUCAACAGAUGAGCAUGAGACGGAGACGGGAAUGAAAUCAAAGGAAGCCAGGAAGUACAUCUUCAGCUGUAUGGAUGACGUAGCGCACGUGAACUUGGUGAUGAAUCUGGAAGGCAGUGACUUUUUGGCGGAGAAGGCCGACCGCCAGGAGUUUGUGAGCCUGCUGAAGAAGAUGUUGUUGGUCGAUGCGGAGGAGCGGAUCACCCCCGCCGAAGCUCUCAGCCACCCCUUUGUGACGAUGCAACACCUGCUCGACUUCCCCCAUAGUAACCACGUGAAGUCGUGUUUCCACGUUAUGGAUGUUUGCUGGACUCGUCCAAUCGCAUAUGAGGCGACCAACCGAAAUAUAGGGCCUUUCAUCAGAGCUGUACCCGGAACAGCUGCUGCCGCCGGCAACCACCCAUUCAGCAAGAUUGCCAGUGUCCACACUCAAGGAUUAGCCCCAUCAGGCCAAUCAGUGAUGCACCCUGGGAUACCAUUGCAGACAGGAAGUGGUCAGUUUGGAUGCAGCGAUUCAUUUCAGCAGGCGCUCAUUCUAUGUCCCCCAAACAUUCAAGGAAUCCCCACCAACACCGCUAAGCCAGCAGGCUACUCUGUUCGAAUGGAGGGCUCCGUGCCUCUGGUGCCUCCCAUCCAGCCCAUACAAAUCCGACCUGGAGUCAUCACACAGGCUUGGUCCAACCGGGCACAGCAGAUCCUGGUGCCCACUUGGCAGCAGGUGACCUCGGUGCCUCCACCACCAACCUCUCUGGCGUCUGACCCGGUGGCCGGCUCGCAACGAUUGGGUGACUGGGGGAAAGUGCAUCCCCAUGGUAACCAUUACAGUUCCAUGAUUGCACAUUCCCAGCCAUUCUUAACCAACCAAAUGACCAUGUCCACCCACCAGCCAAUCAACAUAGGCAUUGCACAUGUGGUGUGGCCACAGCCCGCUGCCAACAAGAGAGCCAAGCCUUGUGUGAACAGGGGCAGCAACUACUCCCAAAACACAAACGUCCAAAAUAUAGCAUGCCAGUCCCCAAAGAUGGCCAUUACAGCAAAGAAUGUGCAGCAGGUAGAAGCCAGAUUCCCAGAAGGAGGGCGUACUGCUGGAGAGGAGCAGGGAGCCGAGCGUGUCGAGGAGGACGACGACAACUGCUGCAAAGCGGAGCCCGACUCCGGGGAGCGGUCGGCGUCGCAGGAGCAGCGGCAGGCGAUGGUGAUCUCUGACAUAGCGAGCCCGACUGCGAGCGUUAUCAGUAUCAGCAGCGAUGAAGAGGAGAGCGCACCAAGGCACUCGAUGGGGGAGUGUAAGGGUCGUGCCGAUUGCCAGGCGUGUCAGAGCACCGUCAGUAUGGAGCGAGUCUGCUCCCUCAGCAGUCCGGACAGCACGCUCAGCACCAGCUCUUCCGCCUCGGCCCAGUCCAGCACGUCGCCCUGCAAACACCCCAACAGUAUGUCCGACGACGAACAGGAGGGCGGUUGUGACGCGGUGGACGGCUCGCCUGCCCCAGACGCCGCCGGUCACAUCGACGGGCCCUUCGCGCAGCAACGCUUCGUCGCCGACCGGAACUGCGAGCCCCGCAUUGCGUGCGUUGCCCCGGAGACGGACCCCAGCAAGCCGACCGUUCGCACUGUUGUGGUGCCGCCCAUGAGAGUGCACAACAACAACAUCUACCCCGCUGUCAGUGACUUGUAUGGCAACACAGGUCACAUGGUCUGGGAUUACGCUGUCUUUGUAGACCACAGAGGUUCUCACAGAGUCUUUGUGCCAGUCCAGAGGGCGAGGCAUUCCUGGUCGACAUCAUCGCCAGUCCACACCCCUCCUCAACAGACAGCAGAAGAUCACCCCUGCAUUCCAGCCCCGGCAACAGCAGCCUCUGGGCUUUGGGCAGGUGCAGCAUUUCGGAUCCUGCCACCAGGAAUGGAACGGCAACUAUUCCCACCGGAGACCACAGGCCUAUAUUCCUCCCACCAUGCAUGGGCACACGUUCACCCUGUCCCACAGCAGCCCAAAUCACUCUACGGUCCCCCACCCCCACCUUGGGGGCCACCCGCACCCCCAGCCCACCUUACUGUCCUACCCGCCGCCUGGGCCUCUGGUCACGGCUGCACCCGUGGCCCACCUCCUGGCUUCCCCCGUAGCCUCCCGCCCCGUCCUCCAGCCCACCUACAGCAUCUCCCACCCGGCAGGCAUCGUGCAUCAGGUCACAGUGGGCAUCAACCCCCGGCUGCUGCCCUCCCCCACCGUGCACCCCCAGGGCCAAUUCAAGCCCCUCUAUCCCCCGCACUCCUACAUUGCCUCGCCCGCCUACGCCAGUUUCCCUCUCAGCCCCACCAAAAUAAACCAGUACCCUUACAUCUGAGCAUGAUGGCCCAGGUUCCCUUUAUACCACCCGAGGGCUAAGUGAGCGGGGGGGGAAAUCUCUCUUCGACCACAAGCAACAUGGUUCUCAUUUCCACAACCAUGGCACAACCACAGAGAAAGCAAGCUAUUUUUCUGAAUCAUGUAGACUUGUGUAAUUGAACUUCAAGCUUUAAAAAAAAAAAAAGAAAAGAAAAAGAGUUCCAAUGGCGGAGAUGAUUUGGGCAAAACAUUAAGAAGGAAAUAAUGUGCGAAUGAUUGAAUGAACGAAUGAACGAGUCGUGAAACUCACACUUAAUGUGUAUUUUGCACAUUUGAUAUAUCUUUGCAUUGGAUCUUCUACGAAUACUCCUCAAACAGGUAAAAUAAUUGGGGUGGUGUUGAAUAGUUAGACUUUGCACCCCUGAUCCCAGCUAUUUUUCUAUAUUGCCUUCUUACGUGUGCAAGACACAUCCGUAUUUGUAAAGCCAUCCCAGUCUCUCUCUAGGUUGACCAGUUGUCCACGGUGUCUGUUGUACUGCGUUGAAAGUAUUUGUACCUUUUUCGGUGUCUUUUGGUGUUAGCAAUUGUCAAGUCGAUUAACCGCGUCCUGUCGGGUUGUUCCUCACGCUGCAUGUGGUCUUGCAUGAGCAAAAAAAAUGUAACCGGAGAGACGCGUAGACGUUGCUCUUAUUGCUUGUGUCACAAGACUCGCUGCAUUGUAUAACUGUCCCCAGCCAUAGUGCCUUACAUAUUUGAGGUUGUUAAUGUUACUACUUAUAUAUGACUAUAUACAUGGAUAUUAAUGUACUGGACUGCAGCACUUGAAAUUCCAAUCGGUCGAUGCAUCCUAUGUGAGUAUAUAUAUGCACUCGUGUGUAUGUCAAUGCAUAGCCUGCAUGGAUGUGAUAAGCGGUGCUUAUCUUUUUGGAGUCGGUGUGUAUAUUUCAGUGUGUCGUGAGUUACUUUUCUGUUCUCUCAAGGAGGACAGCAUGCUUUGCUGUUGCGAAUGCUUACUGUUUCAUUACAUUUGUUUUCUUUUUUCUCCGUUCUCCCUUUCCCCCGAAUGAACUAGUGUACAACGUGCAAGUACUGAGUAUUGCUUAAUAUUUGAUAAUCACUUUCUAUUUAGUGAAACUAUUAUUACAAACAGUAUUUGUACUGUUUGAUGAACACUGCAAUACAAUCUAAAUAGUUGUUGAUUUUUGUUUUUGUCUUUUUAUUUAGAGUGUUUUCACUUUGUUGUUUCCUAGACGUGGUGGGCAUGGCUUUGAUUAGGUAAGGAAAGAAAUGCAAAUUAAUUCACGGUAUGGAAUUUUCUAAGCCUGAGCGAACCAUGCAGUAUUCGAUAUACACACAUAUAUGGACAUAUAUUAUAGAGCUAGACUAUUUAGUACAGAUGCUUGGUAAGGUGUGAGUUAAUUGUGUGCAAUUCUCUCAUUUAUGCAUGUGACAAAGUUAACUUUUCCCUUUUACAUUAUACCAUUUGUUAAAGGCUUAAGGUUUAUCGCUGUCGACUGCUUAUUUUAUACAUUCCGUCAGGGAGGAUAUAUAUAUAUAUAUAUAUAUAUAAAUUAUCUGUUCAUUUAACUAGUUAAGUGUGUAUUUCUUGUCUUUAUUUUCAAAUGAAGUUGCUUGUGCAGCACCAAAGACUGUAAUUCAUUUCCUGAGCAAGGUAGCUAUUCUGUUUGCUUAGACCGCCGUUAUACUGUAGUUGUAGAAUGGGGUUAAAUUAAGAAAAAAAGAAAAAAAUAGUAUUUUAAAAAAACAACAAAAAACGGCAGAGGUUUUGUCUCGCUUUUUGGGCAAUUAAUAAGUCAUAUCAUUUCUUGAAUGUAUCCUAGAUAAGCUGCUACAUGAUGAUUGCCACUUCGAUAGCUGUGAAAUUAGGGUGAUUUUUCUCUUGAGUUUAAACCUAGUGUUGCUAUUUUUGUAUCGGUCCCUAAAGAUCUGAAAUAGAAGUGGUUUUGAUUUUUGUGUUUUGCGUUCGUAUUUGGAGUGUCAUUGUAACUACUGUAUUGCUGAUGAUGACCAUUAGUUGCAUUUGUUGUUUCUCGGGGUGUGUGUUUUUUUGCAUCAGUAUUUUAUCCUUAUUAACCUUUUGGGCUCAUCGCUGCAUAUAAAUGAUGUAUCGUCGUAACUUAAUUUGUGUAUGUUUUCAUAUUUGAUGUUUUGUACACAUCUGAAGCUGCAGCUUGCAGGAUUGAUUUAACUUUGUCAUUGUACGCGUACACACGGUAUCCUCGCAGUCCUCUGUGUUACUAGAGCACCGCGCGAUGCCAGGAGGAGAAAAAAGAAAGAAAACACAUUAUGUUCAUCGAAUGGCUUCUGUAAUGUCCCCGCCAAUUACACGCAAACACCAUCGGCACUCACACAGGUGGGGUUACGUGAGGCGUCGAUUAGACCGUCUGAAACCAAAUCAGCCCGAUGUUUCUGUUCCAAAAAUAAUGUUUUACAACUUGUUUUGCUGUUAAAUUGAUUUGAACAAAUCCGUAUUGCGACCGUGUUAAACCGCCCGAUGGUAUAUCUGGCUAGAAUAUCCGUUUCGCAGUUUGUUGUCGUUAACGGCCUCGUGUUCAGAUCGCUCUUGGUCAACGCAGACCUGUGGUCCUUGUUAAGUGUUCCGUAACGAAAUGGAGACCGUGUGAGCAGCGCUGCGUUUGUGCCUUGAGCUUCAGAAAGUGAGGAUUGGAGAUGGCGAUUCCUCGCCUCGUCUUGGAACCGCCCGUUACCGUAUCGGGGGAGGCAGUCGUUUUAACGGCCACGUGACCAGGAAUACAUUUCUUUUUCUUCAAAUGCCACCAAAGCCCCUGUGAUAACACACACACACACACACACACACUCUGAUAGAUAUGACACCAUUUUUGGAUGGUCACUCUGACUAAACAGUAGAUGCAAUACGUUCCUUCGGCCACUGCACCCCCAAGUGUUCUUAGAUAACCUCCAUGCUUCACGUCGCGGUGCACGUACACCUACGUUGCUUCACGCCGUCGGCCCAGAGCGCCGUUUCCACCGCGCUGGUUCAGGCGGGCCGGAGCGCAGUGGACAGCGCUGGCCUUUAGGAAUCGGACGGGCCGCGCUUCGAGUUGAUUCUGUUCUGGAUGGAAAUGGCUCCGUCGGUCACGAGUUCAAUACUCCACAUGUAAGCACUUGCGUUGAUGUGGUUGUGCGUCUUUUUGAUGGCUUCGUUCUCCCCUGUUUGCGUCGCUGAUCGUACUCGCGUGUCAUUUUGGGAUAGAGAGCUCGUGACAACAAGGCAUGAACUUGUCAGAUAAGUGCUUGAAGUAGUUCCCCAAUAAUAAGCAUGUGAAAUGUAAUGUGUGUUUUUGAUUCCUCCGAAGGUAUUCACCAGCAAUGCGCCUGCAUAAACUCUCCCGUACGUGUUAGGAAAAGAAUGGAUGCAAGAGGAAAUCGAUCUUAAAACCGUUUUGAUUUUCCACACGAUUGACCCCUUGGGCUUAAGUUCUCUUUUUUCUUUUUGAGGAUUCAUGUAACGUUGAACAGAUAAAAGUCGUUUGUGAAAUUACUACAAUUUAAAGUUCUGACUUUGGUAUCGGAAAACAAAUCCUCCGCUGCGGUAUUAUCCUUGAGAGAUGUUAAUCCGGGUCUGUUUUGGUCUCCAUGUACUACUGUGUUUCUCUGAUUUGAUUUGAUGAGGUUUGAUUUCUCAAGUGCUUAUUUUUCUGGUAAUCUGUCAAUUUUAGAGUUAAUUCCCACUACAAGUUAUGGAAUCAUCUGUUUAGAUUGCGCAUCAAAAAGAAAUCUGAACUGUUACUGUUUUAUAAUACCUGUAUACUUUUGUGGCUUUUUGUUCUUUCGUUUUUAUUUCAUUUAGCUUUUUGAUUUUGUGCUACACUAGUUUGCCAUGUAGCAAUUGCACUGUGCAAUAUUUACAGUAUGAGGACUGGGAAAACUAACUAUGGAUGUGAUGUCUCUUUACAGUAUGCGAUAGUGUUUCCUCUCUAGUUCUCAGUGAUUUAGGUGUGACCAAGCCUUCUCUAUUUUGUCACAUUAAGCGGGUUUUUCCAGGUGACUCUUUUGGUGACUGUCAAAAUAAGACUUUAUGGUGUAUUAUUGUUGAGAUUCACUUUGCAUUAAAAAAAAUCUAUCGAUGCAGCUCU